AUGACACUAAGCUUCUUCGACCAAUUCUCUAGUCCCAUAUUUUUAGGAAUCCCAUUAAUAGCUUUAGCUAUUAUACUUCCUUGAAUCAUAUUUCCUACCCCCUCCUCUCGUUGAAUCAAUAAUCGCAUACUCACACUACAAAACUGAUUUAUCAACUUAUUUACAAAACAACUUCUCCUCCCUCUAAAUACAGCAGGUCAUAAAUGAGCAUUAAUUUUUGCAUCUUUAAUAAUUUUCCUAAUCUCCCUAAACAUAUUAGGAUUACUUCCCUACACCUUCACCCCUACAACCCAGCUAUCACUAAACAUAGGACUAGCUGUACCUUUAUGACUAGCAACUGUUAUUAUUGGGAUACGAAAUCAACCAACACACUCUCUAGGCCAUCUACUACCAGAAGGCACACCUGUGCCACUAAUCCCUGUACUUAUUAUUAUUGAAACAAUUAGCUUAUUUAUUCGACCUAUUGCCCUAGGUGUCCGACUGACAGCAAAUUUAACUGCAGGACACUUACUUAUCCAACUUAUUGCAACAGCAGCAUUCGUGCUAAUGCCGUUAAUACCCACAAUUGCAUUAUUAACAACAGUUUUAUUAUUCUUACUAACAUUAUUGGAAGUAGCCGUUGCUAUAAUCCAAGCCUAUGUUUUCGUACUAUUAUUAAGCCUUUAUCUACAAGAAAAUGUUUAA